AUGCCGCGCUGCGACGACGCCCGCCGCGGCCGCAGCGCCAGCCUGUCCGCCGACCUGCGCCCGCCCCCGCGCGCCGCCCGCGCCAGCCUGUCAUCCGCACCGCCGCUCGUCAACCCGCCGCCGCAGUUCGUCGCCGCUACGGCUGCCCGCCAGCUCAUUGCCGCCGAUGAGCGCCAGACCGCCCGUCCGCAUCCCAGCCGCCGCUCGCUGCCCGCCGUCGACAUCUCCGUGGCGGCCCUGGCCCUGCUCAAUGGCUUCCUCGACAGCCUGCUCUUCAACGUCCUGCUGGCCGCCCGGUCCACCCGCCUGCGCGCCUUACGCCCGGCCGUCGCCGACGUGCUGAAGCCCCGUCUGGCUCGCGACGUCGUCGCCGCGGCUGACGACGAGCUCGCUGAGUAUCUGGGCCUGGGGGACGACGACGACGACCUCGACGACAACUACGACUGCGACUACGACUACGAUGACAACCGCCGCCCUGACGCCCGUGCCGCCGGCCACUUCGAGCUCGAGCGCUCGUGGAAGCUGACCCGUCUCAAGUGCAUGGUGUACUCGCGCCUGGGUGACAUGGAGGAGGAGGACGAGGACGACCACCUGCUGCGCGAGGGCCUGGACGAGACCGCCGUCACUGCCCACCGCCCCGGCCGCUUCGCCCGCUCCGUCGGUCACAUCACGCCCGCCGCUGCCAUCUUCCUCACCUCUAUCCUGGAGUAUCUCGCCGAGAACGCGCUGGUCAUCAUCGCCGACAACGCCCGCGCCCGCCUGGCCGUGCAUGACAAAGACGACGACGAUCUUGACCGUGAGGAUGAAGACGACGACGAGGCCGUCCCGCCGCCGCCGCCGCUGAUCAUGGAGGACGUCGACGUCGAGAAGAUCGGCCUCAAUCCCACCCUGGGCCGGCUCUGGCGCACCUGGCGCAAGAACGCCCGUCCGCCCGCCAUCGCCCGCACGCUGUCCCGCGAGUCGCUGCUGCGCUUCACCCGCAAGUCCACCAGCCGCCAGAGCAGCAUCGCCACCGUCGAGACCCUCGACGAGAUGCUGCAACCGCCGCCGCCGCCCCCCUUUUCGCUCUCGCGCCGCGUCAUCUCGCACGCCCCUGUGUCCGAGGACGCCGAGCCCAUCGACCCCGCCGACGUCCCACUACCGGGCUCGGACCGCGAUGUCGAGGAGCUCGAGUCGCCGCGCGUGAAGGAGCAGGACGAGGAGGACGAGGAUGCGGACGAGGCGCAGCCGCCCGCCGUGGCCACCACCGCCCGCUCGUUCCGCUCGCGCAGCCUGUUUCUGGGGAACCUGCUGGACGUCGUGCCCGCGUCGGCCGUGGUCGCGCCCGCGCCCCGGUCGGCCUCUGAGCUCGAGUUCCGCGCCGCCCAUGCCCGCUCGCACUCGGUGCCCGUGACCAUGUCGCGCGCCACCGCCGUCACCUUCAGCAAGGCCCCCGAGCCCAUCGUCGUGCGCUCCAAGAAGGAGAAGGAGAAGGAGAAGGACAAGGACGGGGACCGCGAGCCGCUGGCGCCCAUGCGCGAGGACAUUGAGCUUGCAGAGCAGCAGCAGCAGCAGCCGCCGCCCCUGAGACGGACUGUUAGCGUUCGCCAGCCAGUGCUUGUGACCCGGCUGGACUCGCCCGAGCCAGGGCCGUAUGUCGACGCGCGAGAAGAGCCCUCGAGCCCCGUGUCGUCGAUCCACUCAGGCACCAUUGGCGUGGCCCUGGGCCAUCCGCACUCUCCGCUAUCGCCUGUGUCGCGCCUGGACAGCCACCUGUCCGACGACAGCCUGGACGACCACCACCACGAGACCAACCCCCGAGCACCCGCCGACGUGUUCGACGCCGACCAGCUGAUCCCUCUCAACAGCCAGCCCUCGGGCCUACUGGCGGUCGCGCCCGCCACCCACGGCCUGGCCGUCGGCAUCUACCCACAUGCGCCCGUCCCCAUCCCCGAGCGCUCGCCGCAGCGGCUCUACAGCCAGGACCCGCCGUCGCCGCUGCUUGAAGACGACGAAGACGAAGAAGACGAGCCCGAUACUAUCGUUGAGACCGCGUUUGUAUCGGCGAGACUCUCACAGCCGCCCGCGCUCACGCCGCUGCGCGAACUCGUAGCUUUCGCGGACGGCACGCCCAACAGCAGCCGGAGCAACAUCAGCAAUAGUAACACCAACAACAACAAUAGCAACCCCUCGCCGUCUCGCGUGGUGUCGUCGCGCGCCGCCAGCAGCAGCCCGUUCGGCGUGGCCAAGCACCACUCGACGUCCGCCGAGACCGGCAAGCCCAACAACGUCUCCCCAUCCAAGCGCACCGCGCACCACGUCGGCGGCUCGCUGCCGCAGCGCACGGGAAGCCUGCGCAGCGUGUCGCCGGGCGGCCGCGAGCGCGCGGGCGUGCAGCGCGUGUCUCCGCCGCCGCCGCCGCCGCCGCCAUCGAACAAGUCGCCCAGCGGCACGCACCGGUCGCGGCGCUCGGAGAGCGGCAGCAGCAACAGCAACAGCAAUAGCGGUGGCGGCGGCCACUACUACAGCUCCGAGGGUGGGCGCCGGCCGAUCACGGCUAGUUCGGGCAGCUCGCAGGUUUCGAAUAAAUUGAAAGGCUUGGUGGUAGGACGGCCGACGAUCGUGACCGCGGGAGCGGGGACGACGACGACGACCUCGACGUUUGUGCCGGAGAGUAGUAGUGGUAGUGGAAGUGCGCUGUUGAAGGGCGAUGGUGGAUCGGAUCUGGAUCAGUUGAUUGAGAGUGAUGAGACGCUGCAUUAUACGCUGACGCCGAAGACGAUGAGGGAGAUUGAGGACCCUGAGUCUCCGCGAUGGGCGUCUGUUCGCAACGCCGCCAUGGCUGAGGGAGAUGCGGCGGGCAGCGGCGAGCCGACUGUGCGGUCGCCCACGCUCUCCAGCGAUGCCAACGGCCUGCGAGUCUCGACGACGACGACACCCGUUUCGCGCUUCCCACCGCGACUCCCCGCCGUGCCGCAGGCCCGCGAAGCAAAGACGGACAUGGACUCCGUGCGCGAGUUCGCUGACUUCAUCAAGCACACCGGCCCCGAGCCCGGCCGCUCGUCGCCCUCGUCGAGAUUGUACACACCCAUUGUUACCACGCCCGCGCCCGCACCGCUGCUGCAGCACCCGCAGCCCCGGUUCGCGCAGAGCCUGGGCUCGAUUGCGUCGUCGCCCGCGGGCUCGCGCGCCCAGAGCGCCAUGUCCAGCCGGACGGCGGCGACGGCGUCCAAAGCCAACAACAACAAUCGGCCGCGGCUCGAGGCCCGGUCGGCCGUCGCGCCCAAGGACAGCCAGACGUCGGACCUGAUCGACUUCAUCCGCGAGGGCCCGCCGCGCGCGGGCGGGCAGCACCGCAUCCCGCGCACCGUCGCGCCGUUCCGCUCCACCAUGGACUCGGACGAGUUCCACUGCCUGAGCCCGAUCCGGGUGGACAAGGACGGCGGGUUUGCGCCCAGCGCGACCACCAGUGUCAGCAUGCUCGACGCCGGCUCGACCGUGACCAGGUCGUGCAAUUCGUUUAAUUCCCGCACCGGCUUGCUGGACGCCACGCCGCCCGCGCUUCAGGGCGGUAGCAACGGCGGCGGCGGCACGAUGUGGAGUAUCAAGCCGCAGCCGCCGCUCGGCUCGGUGCUCGACUCGCCGCCCCAGGACCGCAUGGGCAUGCCCGUCCGCACGCGGCGCAAGGCGCGCGAUCCGUACGCCAUUGAUUCCGACAGCGAGGACGAGCACGACCUGCUGUCCCGCGGCUCGCGCAAGCAGCCAGCCCCCACGCGCCACGAAGAGAGCCUGGUCGACUUCCUGCGCAGCGUGACGCCGCCGCCCAGCAACGAUGCGCCGCCGCAGCUGCUCUCGGUCAACAUGCACGUCGUGCACAACCUCACGCCGCCGCCGCAGCCCAAGCCCAAGUCCAUGAAGUCGCGCCUCAUGCGUACCGCCUCCACCGACAAGUAUCCGCACCCACACCCCGCGCACGCUGUCUCCUCCCACCCACCCAGCAGAUCCGGCCUGCGCCCCCAGAAAUCCUUCCCCGCCAACCCCUCCGCCCUCACUGCUGCUGCCGCUCCAGCGCCACCCCCGAUCCCCGCCUACCGCCAGCAACAGCAACACCCGCGCCGCCAGAGCUCCGUGCCCAACGCCGCGUACCCGCACGGCGGGUACAACGUGAUUCCGCGCGCGGCCGACGAGAUGCGACUCACGGCGCACCAGGGCCGGGCGCACGAGACCGGCACGGCCGCGUUGGCGGAUUUCUUCCGCAAUACGGCGCCGCCCGGGUCCGUGCAGACGAUGCCGCCGUCGCGCCCGCAGCAGCAGCAGGCGUCGAAGAGUGGGUUUGGGUUUUCGAGGGUGUUUUUGAGGAGGAAGAAGCAGGUGGUGUAA